AUGGAAGUUUUCUCCCUCAUCCUGGUCGUGUCCGUCUGUUGGACUCGAACCUGGAAAGCGGCGAUUGCAGAUUCAAUCAUUCAUAUCGGGGCAAUUUUUGAUGAAUCUGCCAAAAAAGAUGAGGAAGUUUUUCGAAUGGCAGUUGCUGAUCUCAACCAAAAUGAUGAAAUCUUACAAACAGAGAAAAUCACAUGUUCAGUGACCUUUGUGGAUGGCAACAAUCCCUUUCAGGCGGUUCAAGAAGCCUGUGACCUGAUGAACCAAGGCAUCUUGGCCCUUGUCAGCUCCAUUGGCUGCACAUCAGCAGGAUCCCUGCAAUCCCUGGCAGAUGCCAUGCACAUCCCUCACCUCUUCAUCCAGCGCUCGGCGGCAGGAACACCCAGGAGCGGUUGUGGGCUCACCAGGAGCAACCGCAACGAUGACUACACCCUCUCUGUCCGACCCCCUGUCUACUUAAAUGAUGUCAUCCUGAGGGUGGUCACGGAAUAUGCCUGGCAGAAGUUCAUUAUUUUUUAUGAUAAUGACUAUGAUAUCCGUGGAAUACAAGAGUUUUUGGACAAAGUAUCUCAACAGGGAAUGGAUGUAGCAUUGCAGAAAGUGGAAAACAACAUCAAUAAAAUGAUCACGGGGCUCUUUGCCAGCAUGCGGAUAGAAGAACUGAACCGCUACCGGGACACUCUGAGGAGGGCAAUUCUGAUCAUGAACCCCUCGACAGCCAAAUCAUUCAUAACAGAGGUCGUGGAGACUAAUCUGGUUGCUUUUGACUGUCACUGGAUCAUUAUAAAUGAGGAAAUAAAUGACAUGGAUGUGCAGGAGCUGGUGAGAAGGUCAAUUGGAAGGUUAACCAUUAUUCGGCAGACGUUUCCAGUCCCCCAGAACAUAAGUCAGCGCUGCUUCCGUGGCAAUCACAGAAUAUCUUCAUCACUGUGUGAUCCAAAGGACCCUUUCUCCCAAAGCAUGGAGAUUUCAAACCUGUAUAUAUAUGACACUGUCCUCCUGCUGGCAAAUGCUUUUCAUAAGAAGCUGGAGGAUAGGAAGUGGCACAGCAUGGCCAGCCUCACCUGCAUCAGGAAAAACUCCAAACCCUGGCAAGGAGGACGAUCCAUGUUGGAAACCAUCAAGAAGGGUGGAGUGAAUGGCUUGACUGGAGAACUGGAGUUUGCAGAAAAUGGGGGGAAUCCCAAUGUGCAUUUUGAAAUUUUGGGGACAAAUUACGGAGAAGAUCUUGGCAGAGGCAUCCGCAAGCUUGGCUGCUGGAACCCCAUCACUGGUCUUAAUGGAUCACUAACAGACAGAAAGUUGGAAAACAACAUGCGAGGGGUGGUUCUGCGUGUGGUGACUGUGCUGGAAGAGCCCUUUGUCAUGGUGUCUGAAAAUGUGCUGGGAAAACCAAAAAAGUAUCAAGGCUUCUCAAUAGAUGUCUUGGAUGCCUUGGCCACUUACCUUGGAUUUAAAUAUGAGAUUUAUGUGGCCCCGGAUCACAAGUAUGGAAGUCCACAGGAUGAUGGGUCAUGGAAUGGACUGAUAGGAGAACUGGUAUUUAAGAGAGCUGAUAUAGGGAUCUCUGCCCUGACCAUCACCCCUGACAGGGAGAACGUGGUGGACUUCACAACGCGUUACAUGGACUACUCGGUGGGCGUGCUGCUUCGGAAGGCAGAGAAGACAGUGGACAUGUUUGCCUGCUUGGCUCCUUUUGACCUCUCCCUCUGGGCAUGCAUAGCUGGCACUGUGCUCUUAGUAGGGCUCCUGGUCUACCUCUUGAACUGGCUCAACCCCCCACGUCUUCAAAUGGGAUCCAUGACCUCCACAACCCUCUACAACUCCAUGUGGUUCGUGUACGGAUCCUUUGUGCAGCAAGGAGGAGAGGUUCCUUACACAACCCUGGCAACCCGACUGAUGAUGGGAGCUUGGUGGCUUUUUGCUUUGAUUGUCAUCUCCUCCUACACGGCCAACCUAGCAGCCUUCCUCACCAUCACACGCAUUGAGAACUCCAUCCAGUCUUUCCAGGAUCUCUCAAGGCAGACAGAUAUUCCUUAUGGGACCGUCUUGGACUCCGCGGUCUACGAGCACGUCCGAGUGAAAGGAAUGAAUCCUUUUGAGAGGGACAGCAUGUAUUCCCAGAUGUGGAGGAUGAUUAACAGGAGCAACAGCUCGGAGAACAACGUUGUGGAGUCGACCGCCGGAAUUCAAAAGGUGAAAUAUGGGAACUAUGCCUUUGUGUGGGAUGCAGCAGUGCUGGAGUACGUGGCCAUCAACGAUGCUGACUGCUCCUUCUACACAGUUGGGAACACUGUUGCAGACAGAGGAUAUGGGAUUGCACUGCAGCAUGGCAGCCCCUACAGAGAUGUUUUCUCCCAAAGGAUUUUGGAGCUGCAGCAGAGUGGUGACAUGGACAUACUGAAGCAUAAGUGGUGGCCGAAGAAUGGGCAGUGUGAUCUUUACUCAUCUGUGGAUACCAAACAGAAAGGAGGUGCCCUGGACAUCAAAAGUUUUGCAGGUGUUUUCUGCAUCCUCGCUGCUGGGAUUGUCCUCUCCUGUUUCAUUGCAAUGUUGGAAACGUGGUGGAAUAAAAGAAAAGGCUCCCGGGUUCCUUCAAAAGAGGAUGACAAGGAGAUCGACCUGGAGCACCUCCACAGGCGUGUGAACAGCCUCUGCACAGACGACGACAGCCCCCAUAAACAGUUCUCCACCUCAUCGAUUGACUUGACCCCGCUGGACAUUGACACUUUGCCCACGCGUCAGGCGCUGGAACAAAUCAGUGACUUCAGAAACACUCACAUCACCACAACCACCUUCAUACCAGAACAGAUCCAGACUCUGAGCCGCACGCUGUCUGCUAAAGCUGCUUCAGGUUUCUCCUUUGGCAGUGUGCCCGACCACCGGACUGGCCCUUUCAGGCACAGGGCACCCAACGGGGGUUUUUUCAGAAGCCCCAUCAAAACGAUGUCAUCCAUCCCUUACCAACCAACUCCUACUCUGGGGCUGAAUAUUGGUAGUGACCCAGACCGAGGCACCUCCAUCUGA